ACAGGACGUAGUCAUGUCGUGUGAGUGAACAUUUGUUUAAGCUUAUCUACCUAACCAAGGAUUGUUGUGUAACACGCAAACCCCAGGACCGGAACAACUAGUUAGUACCUCAGUAGAAAGUGAAGAAGAUGGCUGUGCUUCUUUUUAUCUCGAUUUUGGGGUGUCUGUUUGGUCAGGGAACGGCUCAAGCCAGCACCAAGCCUCAUAUUCUACUGAUCGUAGCCGACGACUUGGGAUGGAGUGACGUCAGCUGGAACAACCCGCAUGUGAUGACGCCGACUCUGCAGACUUUGGCGACCAAUGGCGUCAUUUUCAACCAAACUUACAGCCAACCAACGUGCUCACCAUCGAGGACUGCCCUGUUGACUGGGAAGUUUCCUUACCGUCUGGGAAUGCAGCGUGUUAUGAACUCGAGGAAGCCCCAUGGACUCCCCUUGGACGAAGAACUCCUGCCACAGAAACUGAAGAAACUGGGGUACGCAACACACAUGGUCGGGAAAUGGCAUCUUGGAUCCUGCAAAUGGGAGUACACGCCUACAGAACGCGGGUUCGACUCCUUCUAUGGCUACCAUCACGGAUCCCAGGACUACUAUACACACAAGUCAGCCAGGGCCCUGGACCUUUGGGACGGCAAAACUUCGGUCAGCGACCAGAAUGGCGUCUAUUCCACGGAGUUGUUCGCUUCACGUGCAGAAGACAUCAUAAACCAGCACGACCCGAACACCCCGCUCUUCUUGUACCUACCCUUCCAAUCCGUUCAUACGCCUCACCAGGUUCCUUCCAGCUACCUACAGACCUUCUCGACUGUCCAGGACGACGACAGGAAGUCGAUUUUAGGUAUGGCGACAGCCUUAGACGACGCCAUCAAGCGGGUCACGGACACACUGAAGGGCAAAGGAUUGUGGGACAACACCCUCACCAUUUUUAUGUCGGACAAUGGUGGAGAAUACUCUGAUGGGCAAAGUAACUGGCCUCUGCGGGGAGCUAAAGGCACGUUCUGGGAGGGAGCGACCCGUGUGCCCGCCUUCAUACACGGCAACAUGCUGGACAGAACUGGAUACACCUAUCACGGUAUGAUGCACUUUGUGGACAUCCUCCCUACUCUCGUGUCUGUGGCAGGUGGAACUGAGGACCCAGGGCUGGAUGGAAAGAACAUGUGGCGGAGUAUUUCUACCGGUUCUGACUCGCCAAGAACUGAGUUUGUUUACGACAUUGAUAGUGGGGAACACCGCUUUGCUAUCAGAGUUGGAGACUACAAACUCGUAACAGGCAACCGAGCUCCAAAAGAUGACUGGUAUGCUCCUGCCGAGAUGCAGCAAAUGGGCAUCCUCACCGAGAUAGGCAAUGAGUCGGGACCUUUUCUCUUCAACAUUAGAGAGGAUCCCUUGGAGAAGUCGAACCUGUACGGCGUGGCUGAGUACGCCGCCGUACAGAGGGCCAUGCGCCGCCGGCUGAACGAGCUCACCCCGUACGAAGUCCCGUUCCCGGAUCUUGCUGACGACCCGGCCGCGGACCCGUCCAACUACGGCAACGUGUGGGCGCCUGGGUGGUGCUGAGACUCGCCACGUGAUCACUACGACAUAGCA